UUGUGGUUAGGUUAGGUUUUCUCGGCCCAAUUUGACACAGUUUGACAUUUCGAGGCAUGUUGUAGCCGACGUCCCGGUCCAUAUAUAGUUUAUUCGUCGUCGUUAUGCCUGCGUAUCAUUCGAGUUUCACGAAGAGCCAUGGCACCAUCGGGAACAUGGCGUUGCUGCCGAUCAAAACCACAUUCAGGGGUCCCGCGCCACCUUUCAACAACAAAGAGCAGGACAUCAUCGACGAGGCGUUAUAUUUCUUCAAAGCAAACGUGUUCUUCAGGACGUACGAGAUCAAGAGCGAGGCCGACAGAGUUUUAAUCUACAUCACUCUAUUCAUUACCGAAUGUUUGAAGAAGCUACAAAAGUGCGCGACCCAGCCACAAGCCAUGAAUGAGAUGUUUUCCCUUGCUAUCUCCAAAUUUGACGUCCCCGGUGAUCCUGGCUUUCCCUUGAAUUCUGUAUACGCCAAACCAAGCAGCCCUGCGGAAGCUGAUCUUAUGAGGCAGUAUCUUCAUCAAAUCAGGCAGGAAACGGCUGCUAGAAUUGUUGAAAAAGUAUACGGCGAGGAUGGGAAGCCGAGCAAAUGGUGGCUCUGUUUUGCAAAAAAGAAAUUCAUGGACAAGUCGCUGUCUGGACCCGGUCAAUGAGUUAUUUCCUUUAUAAUUGUUUUGAAAAUGUGCAUGAUUGAAAAAUAAAGCGGUUAAAAAAACCAUUAUCCGUUUCU